UUUUGUAAGUGGGUGGAGCCUACUACCAUCAAGUGGGCGUGGCUAACAAUAAUGAGUGCCUUGAUUGCCCAAUGCCUCUCUUAUUUGAGAUUAUCAUUGAAAUAUUUCUUUCCUUCCUCUAGACACCCAUUCCUCAUAGACAGGACCCCGUAUGGGCUACCAGUGCCCAGUGUACUACACAGGACAGUGGCAGAGGACGAACUGAAGGGCAGACGGUUACUGGUCGUCGGUGAUGUACACGGUUGUUAUGAUGAACUGGUACAGCUGUUAGAUAAAGCAGGUGGAAGGGAUCCUGGGGUUCUCGUUGUGUUUGUUGGUGACGUUUGUAAUAAAGGGCCUCUUAAUGUUGAGUCUAUACGUCUCGUUAGAGAGGUGGGCGGGUAUUGUGUCCGUGGCAACCAUGAUGAAAUAUGUCUCCUUGAAUGGUUGAAACACUCUGAGGGGGCGGAGCCUCUCAGUGAUAAGUUCUCGUGGUUGAGUAGGCUUAGUAAAGAAGAGAUGGAUUGGUAUUUUGAGCUACCAUUUUCAAUUCAUUUUCCAUCAAGGGAAGUCCUAGUAAUCCAUGCUGGCCUAGUACCGGGGGUACCCAUUGAGGAACAAUCUCAUCAUGACCUCCUGCACCUCAGGAAUGUGACCUUUGACCUUCGUACUCUCACAUUCUCAAGUGAGAGGGGUGGGGCCUAUCAAGAACCACACCCACAACCUUGGGCCCAAACCUGGAUUGGUCCUGAUCAUGUGUAUUUUGGACAUGACGCCAUUAGGUUUCUGCAAAGGUAUCCAUUUGCCACUGGCCUUGAUACAGGGUGUGUUUAUGGUGGGCACCUUACAGCUGUUUUUGAUGACGAGAGAGAGAAGCUGAUUCAAGUAAAAGCAGCUAAAGCUUACGAACAACCAAAGAAGAAACUUGUAGUUAAAGAACGAAAUACCGUUUGAUAAAAGGGGAGGGGCUUCUUUUGUAAUUCAAAUAAUAUUACUUUAUGAUGAUAAUAAUAAUAAUAAU